GAGCAUGCGCGUGGAAUCUAACCCGGAAGUGUAGUGGGUAAACAAGCAGCCGGAGCCCAGCAUUCGAGGCUAAGAGUUUUACGCCGUCAAAUCUCCGCGGACUCAACCAAACUUUCUCUAAAAAUGUCCAAAAUCGAGAUGUUGAGGAUUCUGAUCAACCAGCAGCUGACUGCGGCCGCGGAGGAAAUCUUCGGUGUGUUCGGAAGAACCAUCGCGGAGUACGAGGAGGAGAUAGCCCGCUCAAAGCUAGAGAUCGCCCGCCAGCGCCGCCUACUGGAGCUUUCCCGGCAGCCCAAAAUAUACCUAGAGGGCAACGAUACAGCUGUCUCGGAGCAGCCGGAUCUGAACUUCAGUCUGGACCAAAAGGAGGAAGAUCCUCCUCACAUCAAGGUGGAGGAGGAAGAUCCGUGGUCGGACCAGCAGACGUCAGAGCCCAACAGCUUUGUGUGUCCGUCCAACAGCGCCGAGACGAGUCAGCAGGAGGACGACGACGCGUCCUCUGUCCCGGACGCAUCCGGCCUGGACGUCAUGGAGCUGGACGCUCCCGCCUGCGCCUCGGCCUCAGAGACCUACCCCAACCCCAACGGGGACGAGGUGGCGGCGGUGAACGGCCAGCUCAGCGGCGGGGCGGCGAGCUCCUACGUCUGCACCGCCUGCGGGCAGGUUUUCCCCCAGCGCGCUCAGUGGGCGCGGCACGUGCAGACGCACCGGAAGGUGGAGACCAAGGGCGACAGGUCGUACACGUGCGACAUCUGCGGCAAAAGACUGACGCGCUUCGACGGCUACCAGAAGCACCUGCGGGUCCACACGGGCGAGAAGCCGUACUGCUGCGACCUGUGCGGCCGCAGGUUCAGCGACAACUCCAACUACAAGCGCCACUUCCGCACGCACGCCGCGCAGAAAUCCAAGCAGAGCUGAGACACCGCCACGGACGAGCCGCGCUCAUCCGCCAAAGGGACGGAUCUAGUACCUAGAACUCUACGGCUGAGCCUUUUUCUGAACACUAAAGUCGUUUUUGUUGUUUUUAUUUACAAGAACACAUUCAAAAGUGUGGGUCUUUUAAUGAAAUGUUUUUAUUGUGUUAAGGACAAAGAUUUGGGGUUUUAUCUGUCAGAAGCAGAUCUGUAUUGUCUGCCAUACAUUUUCUAAAAAUAUAUAUCUAAAAGACUAGGAAUAAACAUUUGACUGAAAUCUCCCUAUUAUAUUUCUGCUGAAAAUAUUUUUUUAAGAUAAACCUGAAGUAAACAUAAAGCAGAAAAUCAA